UCUGCUGGGUCAGACAGAGAACAAUCCAAAGAUGAUCCAGAGAGUCUUAGGGGGCCUGCUGGGUCGUACAGGGAACAAUCCAAAUAUCAUCCAGAGAGUCUUAGGAGGCCUGCUGGGUCGGAGAGGGAACAAUCCAAAGAUUAUCAAGAGAGUCAUCAACAACCUGAAGGAGAUGAAGAGUGAUGACAUUUCUCCUGACAGAAGCAUCAACAUCUUCCACUGUCUGAUUGAGAUGAACGACCACUCAGUUCAUCAGCAGAUGCAACAGUUCCUGACGUCAAAGAACAAAUCUAAGGAGAAACUCUCUAAGAUCCACUGCUCAGCUCUGGCCUACAUGCUGCAGAUGUCAGAGGAGGUUCUGGAUGAGUUGGACCUGGAGAAGUUCAACACAUCAGUCCAGGGUCGAAGGAGACUGAUCCCAGCUGUGAGGAACUGCAGGAAGGCUCGACUCUGUGGUUGUGAACUCUCCGAGACUCACUGUGAAGUCGUGGCCUCAGCUCUGAAGUCAGACCCCUCACAUCUGAGAGAACUGGAUCUGAGUGGAAACGAGCUGCAGGAUUCAGGAGUGAAGCUGCUGUGUUCUGGACUGGAGAGUCCAAACUGUCGACUGGAGACUCUGAGGUUGAAGAGCUGCAUUCUGUCAGAGAUCAGCUGUUCUUCUCUGGCUUCAGCUCUGAGGUCAAACCCCUCUCAUCUGAGAGAACUGGAUCUGAGUAGAAACUACAACCUGCAGGACUCAGGAGUGAAGGAGCUGUGUGGUUUUCUACAGAGUCCAACCUGUCGACUGGAGACUCUGAGAUUGGAGGGCUGCAGUCUGUCAGAGAUCAGCUGUUCUUUUCUGGCUUCAGCUCUGAGGUCAAACCCUUCUCAUCUGAGAGAACUGGAUCUGAGGGUCAAUCACCUGCAGGACUCAGGAGUGAAGGAGCUGUGUGGUUUUCUACAGAGUCCAACCUGUCGACUGGAGACUCUGAGGUUGAGGAGCUGCAGACUGUCAGAGAUCAGCUGUUCUUCUCUGGCUUCAGCUCUGAGGUCAAACCCCUCUCAUCUGAGAGAACUGGAUCUGACGUACAACAGCCUGCAGGACUCAGGAGUGAAGGAGCUGCUUGAUCUGAAGCAGAGGUCAGGCUGCCGACUGGCGACUCUGAGGACUGGUGGAGCUGAGUGUGAAGAGGACAGUGUGUGUGGACGGAGGCUGAGCUGUGUCCUGAAGAUCCAGAGGCUGAAGCAGCAGCAGCUUGUGUGUAGAGCGGCUCUGACUGGGCCUUGUUGCUGGGAGGCAGAGUGGAGACAGAGCUCCAGAGGAAUCAGAGGAGGUGAGCUGCUCUGAGAUCAGCUGUCACACAGUGUCCAGUCCACCAUCCUCCCUGUGUGUUCCUGUGGAUUUGACACAGCAUCAUCAGUGGAUCUGCUGCUGCUCUGUCCUUUGACUCAGUGUCUGCAGACACACUCCACCUCCUCCACUCUUUUAUUCACUCACAUAUUCUGAGCACGAUUACACUCAGAUUAUUUCUGUUCACGACGACAUGACUGCAGAUCAACACUUUUCUAAAUCUGUAUUGGGGUAAUUUAAAACCUGUGGAGUCUUUACCUUAUUUGUCUUGUGUGUUUUUUGGGUUUAAUAUGUUGUAAAAAUGUAGAGUUAUGUAGUUACUGAAAUAAAAAGAUA